GCGUGCGUUCUUUGGGUCGCGAGUCAAGUUUCCCCAAGUUUUCGCAGGCAGCUGUGAUCUUGACCGCCUAGCUGGGCUCUAGUAGGGCCACUGCAGAGGAACUGGAAAGACGGGUUUUACAAGAUUCUUCAGUCAAUUCCCUUGAGGAACAGGGUUUAUCGCAGCAGAAAUGUUAGCCCACUGCCACUGACAGCACCCUAUAGAGAUGUGGGACAUACAGGAACGUAUAGACUUUGGGGACAGGAGCAAAUGCACGGAGCGAUAGAUGCAGUAUUACAUGAGGGUAUGAGCAUUCGUCGUGCUGCUGAGCAGUAUGGUGUCCCUAAGUCAUCUCUGGGCGACCGGUUAAGUGGCCGUGUGUUAGCAGAUGCCUCAUGUGGUCCAGCAACUUACCUCUCAUUUGCAGAAGAGGAAGAGCUGGUUGUUUUUCUUACACGCUGCGCCUCAAUAGGUUACGCCAAGUCUCGUAAAGAGGUGUUAGCCUUAGUUCAGUGUGUUUUGGAAAGUCGAGGAAUUCAGAAAUCCGUAACCAAUGGGUGGUGGGAGUCAUUUCGCCGUAGACAUCCUGGUCUAACUCUCAGGACAGCAGUACCUCUCUCACUCGCUCGGGCAAAAGCAACAGAUCCUGAAAUGCUGGCACGCUAUUUUGACCUCCUGGAGAAGACGAUACAGGAGAAUGACCUGGUAGGGAAGCCAGGGCAAUUGUUUAACAUGGAUGAAAGUGGCAUGCCAUUGGAUGCCAAGCCUCCCAAGCUAGUUGCUGUGAGAGGAGCCGCUGUGUCAGCCAUAGGAUCAGGAGACAAAACCCAGAUAACUGUUGUGGCAUGUGUGAGUGCUGCUGGUUAUUGUAUUCCCCCAAUGGUGAUCUGGGACAGAAAAUUUCUAUCACCAGAAUUAACUCACGGUGAGAUUCCUGGAACCAUAUAUGGUUUGUCUAAAAAUGGGUGGAUGGACAUGGAACUCUUUAACCUAUGGUUUACCAACCAUUUUUUGCGCUUUGCACCCGCAGUCCGACCAAUUUUACUCCUUCUAGACGGUCACUCUUCUCAUUACUGCCCAGAUACCGUCCGACUCGCAGCAAACGAACAGGUCAUUUUAUUCACUCUGCCGCCCAAUACAACUCACCUAUCACAGCCACUUGACAAAGGGUGCUUUGGUCCUCUUAAAGUUGCAUGGAGGGAAGCAUGUCACCAGUUCCUGACAAUGAACGCAGGAAAAAUUGUCACCCGGUACCAAUUUUCAAGGCUUUUCAAUCAAGCAUGGAUGAAAAGCAUGACAAUAAGUAACGUAUGUGCAGGGUUCAGGGUCACAGGGGUGCAUCCUCUAAACAGGGACAUAUUUUCUGAUGUGGAAGACCCUCCCUCCAUUGGUAAGAGAGAGUGGACUAGCUUUCAUCCCACUAUAUAGUCCUGCAAUACGACGUACCAAGCCUCGUGCCUCUGAGCAAUGUCUUGAAAGUAGCUCUCCCCAUCUUGAUGAUUCAAGCACAUACCACCUUGGUGAUGAUACUUCGGAGUUUCCUGACACCUCUUGUGUUUGGCUUCAGGCUCCACAAUCCUCAGCAGUGAGCAGAUUCCUUAGGUGUCCCUCUCCUGUUAACAGACAAACAACAUAUCGUCCAAAGUCAUGUGGCCGCGUAUUGACAAGUGCAGAAAGUCUUAGCAAAAUUGCGGAAAAAGAGCGAGCAAAGCAGGAAAAGGAGAAGAAGAAGGUGGAGCGAAUGAAAGCCAAGGAAGAAAGAAGAAGCAUGCUAGCCUCCAAAGUUGCUAAGAAGAAAAGGUCAACCGCUCCACUUACAACACACCAAAAUGUAGACAUUGGUGGUAAGGUAGUAUGUAAUAAGAAGUAACGGGAUUUGAUUAUUAACCUGACAGAUGCUAGUGAAAAUGAAUUUUCCUGUGAAGAAUUGUACCUUUAUAAGAGAAGAUAUGAAAAUGGAUACGACUUAACUCAUGAUCAUCGCUACAACUUGUGGCUUUCCUUUCAAUGUGACUGUAUUUUGCGAGCCAAGCAAACAAUAUUGUUGUUAUGUGCACGUUAUGCUUGAUUUAGUGGAUACGUCCAGUGUUGGCGGGAUAGCUCAAGGCAAGAGCACACUUCAGCUGGCUGACUCAGAACUGGUUCCAGGUACGAAGGAGAGAGAGAAUAGGCCGCAGAGGAAAGUGCAAACAUGUAGCACACGUGCAAGGGUGGCACCACUGACUGACUACAGUAAGUUUUGUUAUUGUUUGUUUAAUUUUUAGUCAUUUAUAUUAGGUGAAUGUGUUGCUGGAACAUGUGAACAUACAAGAGCCAGGAAUUGGGUUCAGUGUGAAAGAUGCACCCAGUGGUAUCACUGCGUGUGUGUAAAGAUAUCUUUAACAAAAGCAAGAGAUGGAACCUUUAACUGUUGCUAAGCAUUUUU